AUGUCGCGCGCGGAACGAUUCGAGGAUGAGAAACGAAGAGUGAUCGAGUCCCUAUUCGUGAAGACCGACCAAAAUGGCCAGCUCGCCGAGUCCUACAUCACUCAUAUUCGAAUCGAGGAGGACGCGCAGUACGCCUCAGCUCCACCACCGCCAGACAGUCGCCCAGAGAACAAGAAGGCGAGACUGAUCAUCAUCGCGGUACGGUCAACGGGAAGAGUGCGAAUGCACAAAGCGAGGGAGAACAACAACGGCAGUUUCAGCAUUGGCAAGACGUGGAAUCUGGAGGAGCUAUCAGCGAUAGAGUCCUACGCCGGGACAACACCACCGCAGGAUGAUCGAGAGGCGCAACAAAGAGCUUGGGCAGGGAGUGUGGGUUUCACAGUGACCAUCACGAAGCCGUACUAUUGGCAAGCAGGGACGAGUAAAGAGAAGGACUUUUUCAUUGCGAGUGUGGUCAAAAUUUACCGCAAAUACACCAAAGGACAGGUCCCAGAGCUGCGAGGAUUCGACGAGCGGGAGAGAGCAGCAAUUCUUGGGCAAGCGGCUGGACAGGCCCCUCCACCUGUUGCACAGCAGCAACCUCUUCCGCUCCGAGAAGGGAGUCGAUAUAGACAAAGCCCUGGACCGCCGGCGAGCAUUGGUGAUGUACGGCCGGGCAGCAGGUCGAACAGUAGGCACCCGAAUGACUCUCCUGCUCCUAGAUUUGGGCCUGGCCAUCCACCUCCGAACGGCCCUCGCGUCCCAAAACUGCCUUCUUUUGCUCCCCCGACUACUCAGCCAUUCGCCUCUCCGUUGAGACCCCACAGCCCUGCAUUGAAGCCUGGACUUGAAAACGAUAGGAAGCCGAAUACGCCGCCCACAGCUGCAGUGGACCUGUUUCAGAAUGCCCGACAGCGUUACAUGGAAUAUCAACCCGGUUCGACCCCUCCGCCGCCACAGCUGCUGGCCUCCGCGGACAUGGCCCAAAAUGGAAGACCUAGAACUCCUCCCGCCAGAGCUGCAUCUCCCGCCGUCGAUUUGAUCGAUCGAGCGCAGUCGCCGCGAGAGCCAGGAAGUCCCACAACUCCGGAGCGAUCGAGGAGAAGACCGAUAGUAGACCAGAGGAUUUCCGAGACAGGUAUGCGGCCGGCGCCGCUCACCCACACACGGAACGUUUCUGGCACUGCAAAUGGAAACCCAGAGCCAGACGUCACGCCUUUGCAGGUGCCGAGCAAGACGGAUUCUCCGCCUGUCAUGCCUGGUGCUUUCUCCCCGCCCUUCUCCCCAACCUCCGAGCCAAGCCCGACUUUGAGUCCCUCGGAAGAGAAACGCGAAGAUGACGCGAUGGGAGAGCAGUUCCGUCCAGGUCUCGGUCCUAUGUUCAAGAAGAAGGCACUUGCGGACCGAAUGAAGAAAGCUGCAACAGCUGCGAGUGCUUUCAAGCCAAGGCCCGGUGGUGCCGCUGAGAAGAUCUUGCUUGCAAAACAGGCCGGUGGACCAGAUGGAAUCACCGGAGUCGUUCCUCGGCCUGCUCCUGCUUCACGUCAAGACUCCGAAAGAUCUGAUGUACCGCCACCGGUGGAGGAAGCUGUUGUGCCAGAUACUCGACCCGAAGAACCGCCCACAGUGGAAGUCAGCGCGCCACUGUCUCCGCGCAAAAGGACAGAACGACCGCCUCCUGACGAACCGCUCAAGAUCAAGCACAGAAGUGCUCAGCAUGAGAGGUAUCUGGCCGCGCUCGACAUUGAUCGAUCAUUGCUAGAAGGCAAAGGCUUGGAAUUCGAAUCGAUGCUUGUUGAGUCAGGUUGGGGUAACGAAGUACUUCAACCGAAGCACUUAGCUGCUCUGGAAAAUGACAUCCGCCGGGAGCAAGGUCGCGUGGAGGCAGGAUCCUGGCUGUCGCAUACAGACUCCGCGCGGGAGGAGCGUGUGGCGUAUGUGGACAACCUGCUAGACAAGGCAAUUGCCGAGUGUGACGAGCUGGAAGGUCUUCUGACGCUUUACCACGUUGAGCUGAGCUCGCUGAACGAUGACAUUGCAUUCAUCGAAGCGCAAUCUCAGGGUCUGCAAGUCCAGUCCGCCAACCAGAAGCUUCUACAGAGCGAAUUGCAGAACCUCGUCGAGACGAUGUCGCUGGGUCGGCGUGUCAUGGACCCGAUUCGCUACAACGAUCUCUCACAGCCGCAUUCUGUUGAAGAGGUGGAGAGCAGUCUGGUGCGAUUGUAUCAGGCGAUGCUCACUAUGGAUCCCACCAUGCGCUCGACAAGCCAUUCCAGACCUCGGUCGAGAGGCGGUCUGGGCGAUAGUGAGACUGCGAACAUGACCGCAUUACGCGAGAAGAAGGCGGUCUAUGAUCGCGAGAUCUCCGAUUUUUGCCAGCGAUUCAUGCAAUUCCUCGACGGCAGAUUCGCUGCUUCCACUAACUCGGUCAAGGACCGUGUACUGCGGGCUCCCAGCGGUGUUGGUCUGGCGAAAUUGCAUGAGGAUGCUUUCACUGAGGUGAGGACGGGGCUGUGGAUGUAUGUCCCGCUCAUUCUCUUCACCAAGGAGAUGAAUGCUCCGGCUUGGAAGACGAUGAUGAGAUUGUACUCUACGAGGCUGUCACCUUUGUACAAGGAUGCCUUCUCAGAGAACAUUGCCAACUGGAAACGGACGGCCAGAGCUGCUACUGUUGAUGAUGCGGAAGUGCUGUUCACCACGCAAGAGAAGGAAGAUCCGGCCAGUGGAGGUUUGACAUCCACAGCACGCAAGUUGACCGUCAAAAGAUCGCAGACACUGGCAAAGACGCUCCGUGGCGCUUCUGGUUUGAAUACACCACAGAGCCCAACCGAGCGCCCUGGUGCGUUGACGCGAUCGGCGGCCUUUGCAGCGGCUAUGGACGAGAUGGCGCCUUUGAUCAAUCGGGAGCAGAACUUCUUCGUCGAUUUCUUCCAUGCGACUUCGCUGCGGACAGAAGAUUUCAUCGAUGCCGUGGAAGCUGCCCCUCCCAUCGCGAGAACCGGCACGAACCUGAAAGACUUCAAACCCACCGAACCUGACCAAGACAUCACUCGAGACAUCAGCUCAGCAAUGGACCAGAUGUUCGCCGUCUUCAACGACGAGACUCGCAAAAUGGCAGAAUGGUCCAUGGCCGAAGAUCCAAUCCAAGGCGUCGGCGUCCUCGCCAGUCUCAACAAACACCGCUUCUACCUCCAAGGCAGCAACCAACUUUUCCUCCUCCACCUCAUCGAUCAAAUCUGGGACAAACGACUUCUCCCCGGUUUUGAACGCUUCGUAGCCGACCAAAUCCGCGCCAUCGAAGACACAAAAGUUAAGAUUAAAAAACGCAAGGGCGUCAUCGCCUUCAUGAGGAAAUUUCCCAACUUCUCCGCCGCCGUGGAAACCACCUUCGCCACCGUCGCGGGCCACGACUACGACUCCCUGGCGCCAAGCAUCAUGGAUGUCCGGAACCUGCUUGACGACGCCUACGACCGCAUCAACCGCGCGAUGUUUGAUAGUCUCAAAGUCAUCGCGAAGGAAAGUCCCGUCGCCGGUGUGCCGUCGACGAAACAGCAGCUUGUCGGCAACGUGGAGGAGGCGCAGGAGAAGGAGAUGUUGAACUAUUACAUUCUACUGCUGGAGAAUAUGAAUCACUAUAUCGAGGAGGUGGAUGACGGGAAUCGCGAGGGAGUGUUGGCUGAGUGGAAGGGCAGGGCGUUGAUGGAAAGGUCGGAGGCGAUGGAGGCGUAUGUUACGAGGGUCCUGCGGAGGCCGCUGGGCAAACUAUUGGACUUCCUCGACGCCGCCGAGUCAAUUCUCGCAACCAACCCCUCCCAACCCACCGCCGUCUCCAGCCGCUACGAUGCCCGGAAUGUGCGGCAAGGUAUUGUCGACCUGCGAGAGCGAGUGGACAAGCAUUUCAAAGACGCCGGCGACGAGACGCAGAUCCGAGGUCUGACGGGUUUGAUUUUCAAGGAAUGUGAACGAGUGUAUGAGAAGACGCUGGAGAGAUUGGAGGAGUUGGUUAGGGAGGUGUAUCCGCCUACGGAGGGAGAGAAGAGUGUAGAGAUUGAGUUCUCGAGGGCGGAUGUUCAGGCGGGGUUUAGGAGGUAG